AAUGAUAUGUAUCCUGUCCCGAGGUCUCCAUUUAUGUCUCCAUCACUUGCGCACUGUCUUCGCCUCCCCCAUUACGCACUGUUUUGAACUCCCACGGUCUUUGCUGUAAGGCUGGUACUGGGCAUCAUCAAUCGCAUAUUCUACACUGCUUCGACUAGUGAGCGCAUACUUUGAUCGAGUCAGGACACCCUGGCCACGCAUACACCAUGUUUCCCAGUGUAAAGGACCGAGCACGACAACUAUUUGGAGAAGCUGCCGUUCCCGACACUCCACCUCCACCUCCAGUCGCAACUGGUAGGAGAGGCGCUCCGAUAAGAGCGACAGCAACAGCAACAGCCAAGUCGACCCCAGAACCAAAAACACAACCAAAAGCACCCGCGAGACCCUCGAGAACCGACCCCAAAUCCAAGAAGAGUGCGCUGCCACCACCAGCCGAAGAGACACCAAAGCCUAUAGGCUCAUGGCCAAGCCCGUUUGAACAAUUCAAGGCGAGAACGGCGCCACCACCAGCAAAGGUGACACCGCCAACGCCAUCAAAAACUGCUACAUCCAAGUCAGCGAAAUCUGCUUCUGUAGUAUCGAAGUCAGUCAAGUCUUCCAGAGAAAAGGCCGAAAAGUCUUCAAAACCAAGCGAGAAGAAAUCGCGCUCAAAAAGCCCUCCAACUGCCAAAGCCGCACCUACCCCCAAAAAGGCUCCCGAACCCAAAAUCGUCGCAAAGAAGAAAGUCGAAUCAAAACCCGCCCCCGAGCCCAAAAAACCCGCUACUCGCCCCAGUCUCUUCUCCCGCACCACUACCUCCUCCACCUCGCGCCCAAAAAUCCAACGUUCCUCGUCCUCUUCCUCCCUCGACUCCAGCUCCGAAGACGACAGUAGUUCCUCAGACGAAGAGUCAGAAGACGAAGACGACCUCCGCGCAGCCUGCAUGCGCGAAGUCUCCAAGAUCACCGCCCUCAAGGGUAAAAACCUCGCCAUCCAGCUCCGCCAACGCUCCUCGGGCGGCUGGUACGCUGCCCUCAAAGAUGUCGGCGCAGACAAGUACCUCAAGAUGUGGAUGAAUCGCGAUAAGACGUUUGAGACGCAGGAGGAGGCGCUCGAGGCGUAUUUGGUUUUCGUGAAGAAGAUGGGGGCGGAUGUUAAGCUUUUUGGGCCGUUGAGUCCGAAGGUUGGGGGCAGGGGGAGGGGCUUUUUCUCUUAGGUUCUUAGUUGAGCCUUAUAAGAGUGCUGUUGGAAGGGGCGGAUUUGUAACACCAUCUUUUUUUUUCUUUUACCUUCAUUUCUUGGAGCCCUCCGACAGGCCUCUCUUUU